AUGGUGUUCAAGCCGUUCACUCACCUCGCGCGUCAGAGUUUCACCAAAGCCUUCACCCAUGGCUAUGCUCAGUCCGUAGUUGCCGCGUCGCAGUCGUACGCACCGUCGGCAACUUUCAAUCAACUUGCCAGUCAACCCGCCAAAUUCACUCGGACAAGUCAAUUACAAAAUGUUUUCCAGCCAUCGAGUUCGUCGGGUGCUGGUGCCAAGGCCAGCCAGGGUGGUUCUGGGUCCGGAGACUUUGGGUUAGCGGCAUACUAUGCGGCCUGGCAGCACGCCCAGCAGACUGGCGAUGACAGUGACUGGAAACAGUUUCAAUUCAAGAGACGAAUUGGCUGGAAGCCGACUGGGGAUGAUGAAUCAGUAAAGGUGAAGGUGGGGGAGAAGGCUACGGACUCUCAACCCGGUCUGCACGACUCACCACGCGUCACCAAGGCCUCAGCCAAUGCCGAAAUCAGCGCUCAAGUUGAGGAGGCCGUAGCACGAGAAAUCCAGAUUCAGGAGGAACAGGCACAUGCUGAGGAGGCGGAAGCAAAGGAUGAGGGUACUGAGGCAUUCCCUGAUCUACCGCCGGAGGUUGCCGCCGUCUCCGAUGCGACCGCUGAGCAGUCUCGAAUCGUUUCCGACCAGAUUGUCCAAUUAGCCUCGGGCAAAAAGUACGCUGAGAUCCCUGCCGCUUUCGAGUUGCUUCUUAGAGAUGGCCUCACUCCGACCGUUGGUGCUUACAAUGCCUUGUUGGAAUCUGCCGUCCGCCUUCACACCGACGUUUCACAUGCCAUCCCCAAAGCACUCGAUGUCUACUCAGACAUGCUUCGUCGCAGGGUAAUUCCCGAUGAAGACACCUAUCGCACACUGGUCGAGCUUUUUGUCACCCGCUCGCAUGAGACGAUCAAGGCCAAGGAGUCAUUGGAGCAGGAGCGCCUUCGCUAUGGAGGCAUGGAAGAGCCUGGCAAAUUUAUGCUGCACUCUAGUCAGUUGGAGCGCGAUCUGCUCGCUGAGGACCACUCUCUCGCUAUUGCUGUCAAAUUGUUCAACACCGCAACUACUCGUCACUCAGAUCUGGUCUUCUCUCUCGAUAUGUACCGCUAUCUUAUCACAGCAUGUGCGAAAGAAGGCCAAGUUGAGGAUAUGAUCCGUAUCUAUGCCCACAUGGAGUCGCAUAAGGUGACGCCACAUGCGUCUAUCUUCCCGUCAAUGAUCGAUGCCUUUGCGUCUAGCGGCGAUCUGACCAGUGCUGUGGAGUGCUACAACGAAUACAAGGAUCUCGCAAUUUCUGAUGAUAAUGGCACGUUCAGCAUUGUCCAGCGUUUGGACGGUCAAGUGUACGCUGCCGUGGUCAGGGCUUAUCUUUCAGCCGGAAAGGAAGAAAAUGCCUUGCGAUUCCUUGAGCGCAUCCGUGGUUCGUUUGAUGAAGUCGCUGAAAACCGUGAAGCUCGCCAGGAGGCCGUCGAGUCCGUAAUUGUUCAGGAUGGCCUCGUGCAGUAUUGUCUCAAGUCGGGUGAACAUGCAAAGGCAUUGGAGCACGCCAAGGAGCAGCUACGCGGUGGUGCUUUGGAUCAUGCCAUGGCCCGCAUUUGCGUCACUGCGGCGGAUGCCGGUGAUCUCAACACCGCCUCCGAAGCGUACGGACGUCUCCCCUCAGACCCGACUGUGCGCCAGGGUCCCGCCAUUGCGAUGCUGGCAUUGCAUGUGCGGCAAGGCAAUGUGUCAGAGGCUCGACCCCUGUGGCUGAUGCUAAGCACCGUGGGUCAGGCAACUCCGGAUAUGGUUCAGCCGACGGUUAUGUACGCAGUUGCCUUGGCCAAGAGUGGCCAGGUCGAUGAAGCUCUUCUUGAAGCCCGCAAUAUGUUCGCCCGGAUUCGCAACUCCUCUGCCAACAACACCGUCGUACUGAAUUCCAUCCGUGAACAAAUUAAUGAAAGCCUUCACCUUAUCGGCCGUGUCCUCAUGCAGACUGCCGCUGUUCUCUCCCCCCAGGCUGCCAUGAACCUCAUUUGGUCCAUGACUGAGAAUGGUGGCCUCGUCUCUCCCCUUGCUGAACAUGCUGUUGCCAGCCUUGGACCUUUGGGUAUCUCUCAGCUUGCUGCGCCCGACCUGGCGCUCGCCCUCCAGGUUCAAGCUGGUAUGCUUCUCAACAACAACUCCAUGGCCUUUGAUGUCGCUCAUCCUAUCCGCUUCGCUCACAUGCUUGACAUCGCUCUGGCCACGAGACUCCCAUUGGAUGCUCAAACCACUGCCCUGGUCGAUCAAGCCGUCGCCAAGCUGUUCAACAGCCGGCCUGAUAUGGUGAAGAGAUGGCAGGACCAUCUUGGCAUGGCGUCCUCUCCAUCGUCUUUCCUUUCCGGUCGUCACUCUCCUGUUUCGGAAGUUUCGUCUAUGACGCCCGCGUCUAGCGACGACUCUUUCGAUCCGUAUGCAUAUGCUACCGACUUCCGUGGAUCUUCUAUUAUUGCCGAGGAGUUGGAGAGUACCAGCGGUCGCGCAGAGUCACAUCUGAAUGAGGCUUUGACUCGGCUUCGGAACAUGCGUCGCAUUGGUCGCCAUCCUCGCUAUAUCACCUAUGCCAAGCUCAUUAAUGCGGCUACGAAGGCCGGCCGUGCCGACCUAGUGCAGGAGAUUCUGAGCAUGGCCCGUCGUGAUGUUCCUCUGCUGCCUCAGUACCAUGCUGUCAAGUAUGGCUGGAUUUCCAUCCUCGAUGCCAUGGUUGCCUCCUGUUUGACUCUCGGAGACCGCAGCCUCGCUGCCAAGUACCACAAUGAGCUCCUGGAGCUGGGUUCGGCACCAUCAGCGAAUACCUUUGGCCUCUACAUCACUACCCUCAAGGAAUCCACCAAGACCUUUGAUGAAGCAACCGAGGCUCUGAAGAUCUUCCAUCGUGCUAUUGCCGAAGGGGUUGAGCCGACGUCAUUUUUGUAUAAUGCGCUUAUUGGCAAACUUGGUAAGGCGCGCCGGAUCGACGACUGCCUUCUGUAUUUCGCCGAGAUGCGUGCCAACGGCAUCCGCCCCACCAGUGUCACGUACGGAACGAUCGUCAAUGCUCUCUGCCGUGUCAGUGAUGAGCGUUUUGCCGAAGAGAUGUUCGAGGAGAUGGAGUCGAUGCCCAACUACAAGCCGCGACCCGCUCCUUACAACUCUAUGAUCCAGUACUUCCUCAAUACCAAGCGCGACCGCAGCAAGGUGCUGGCCUACUACCAGCGCAUGCAAAGUCGCAACAUCCAGCCCACCAUGCACACCUACAAACUGCUCAUUGACGCCUAUGCGUCCCUGGAGCCCGUGGACAUGCCUGCUGCUGAGAAGGUGCUGGAAACUAUCAAGGCCUCCGGACAACAGCCCGAAGCCGUACACUAUGCAUCCCUUAUCCAUGCCAAGGGAUGCGUGAUGCACGACCUUGAUGCUGCCUUGGAUAUUUUCCGGUCUGUUGUAUCGAACCGCAAGGUGCGCCUACAGCCAUGCCUCUACCAGGCUCUGCUGGAGGCCAUGGUGGCCAAUCAUCAGGUUGCUCAAACCGAGGCCAUAGUCAAGGACAUGGCCGACCGCCGUGUGGAGAUGACUGCCUACAUUGCCAACACUCUUAUCCACGGGUGGGCCGCUGAAGGCAACGUCGCCAAGGCCAAGGCGGUCUAUGACAGCGUUGGCGUCGACAAACGGGAACCCAGCACCUAUGAGGCAAUGACUCGUGCAUUUUUGGCAUCUGAAGACCGCGAGGGAGCCUCUCGUGUUGUCCAGGAAAUGCUGUCUCGUGGCUAUCCUACUGCUGUGGCCAGCAAGAUCCUUGACCUGGUUGGAGGUGGUGCGCCGGUUGCUGCCAUCUAA